UGGAACUUGAGAUCAAACUAGAUCGCUAACCCUGGCGUGACGUGACCAGUGAUUCCAUCACGCAUGCGCAGCGAGGUGUGUGCGCGCUCAGGGAGUUGCGCUGGCAGGUACACGGAGCACCAGUACACCUGUGCUGCUGACCGCAAGACAAAAUGUCUGGAUUCGAUAACAACCCCUUUGCCGAACCAGUUGAUGUCAAUCCUUUCCAGGAUCCAUCAGUUACUCAAGUGACCAACACUGGAGUUGAUGGCAUAGGAGAGUAUAACCCAUUUACAGCCGGUGCUCUGGAUGGGCGCACCGUUCCCUUAUCAGCCACCUCUCAACCAGCAGUCCUCCAGACUACAGUGGAGCCCAGUCCACAAGCCAGUAUCGCUGCGGGACAGGCUGAGCUCCUCCGUCAGCAAGCGGAGCUGGAAAAGAAGGCUGCGGAGCUGGAGCGUAAAGAGCAGGAGCUUCGAGAUCGAAAUACAGCUCUAGGUAAAGAAAACAACUGGCCACCUUUGCCCAAGUUUUGCCCUGUAAAACCAUGCUUCUAUCAGGAUUUUAAUGAAGAAAUUCCUGUGGAGUAUCAGAGGGUUUGCAAGAUGAUGUACUACCUCUGGAUGUAUCACAGUCUGACGCUGUUUCUGAACCUGCUGGCCUGUCUGGUGUAUUUUAGUGUGUCUACUGCAAAUGGAGUGGACUUUGGACUCUCAAUCCUCUGGUUUAUUUUGUUUACUCCUGUCGCAUUCCUCUGCUGGUACCGACCCGUAUACAAGGCCUUUAAAUCUGACAGCUCCUUCAGCUUCUUCUUUUUCUUCUUCAUUUUCUCAUUCCAAGUAAUAGUGUACAUCAUUCAGAGUGUUGGGAUCCCCGGCUGGGGAAACAGUGGCUGGAUCACGGCCAUCUCUGUGCUCAAGACUAACAUAGCCGUGUCAGUCUUCAUGAUGGUGGUGGCUGGAUUCUUCUCUGUCAAUGCUGUGCUGUCCGUUAUCUUACUGAAAAUGGUUCACUCCAUGUACAGGCACACAGGUGCGAGCUUCCAGAAGGCGCAGGAAGAGUUUUCUCAGGGGGUCGUCACUAACCGAACCUUCCAGUCUGCUGCCGCCACAGCUGCAUCUUCUGCCGUGCAGGGAGCCUUUCAUUAACAGCCACAGAUACUGUUAAAGACUGUCAUAACAUUCUGCACAUGAACUUCCAUCAAACAACCCUAACCUCUUAUGGAAGAGGUUCUUAUGGAACCUCUCAGUCUGUAUUUGAGGCUUCUCAAAGAUCAUGUUCCCCCACCCCACCCCACCCCGUUUGGUUACUGAAAAUAUUUUGAGGUGAAAGUUACCUGGCUGUUGAUCGGUGAGGCACUUUAGAUGAUGACAUGGGUUCUGUCCAAAUACAGGCUGUCUUUUCUUUCUGCAUUCCUCAUGUAAUGAAGGCAAUAUUUAGAGAUGGUUUUAUGAAAAAGCUAUAUUAAGUUAAAGUGUUUCAGAGGCACUAUUUAGUUGAUUUUUAAUGUUACAAGAUUGUUACAAUAACGUCAAUCCAUGUUUUCAAAUUCCAGUCAGUUCAAAUUAUACUCUCUAGUCUUGUCCCUGCUAUAUGUAUUUACCUUUUGAGAAAUGUGUUGUUACAUGUUGAAUUGUUCUACGCUUUGAUUAAGUCUUUAUACUUUAUACUAAAUUUGUUGCAUGUCAGCUGAUAUCUCAGCAAUGGCUCUACAACAUUUGAACAACCAUGUAUCUGUAUACUGUUUUUAGAGUGAACCGUAGUACUGUUGUGAAAAAAAUGUGCUGUUAUCUGUUUGUUACAAUCUUGUUACAUUCUCAAACUGAAGUGAUGAUUUUGCAGUGUUCUCACUUACGAACAAAAUAUGUAUAUAUUUAUAAAUUAAGCAGAUCUUAUUUUACUGUGGUUGAUUUGGGUGGGCUGCUCAAAUAUUUUAUGAGUUAUUGUUAAAUAAACAUUUUCUGAUUAA